UCUCACCCGGGCAGGCAGCCGGGAGAGCAAACAAGGAGAAGCCAUGGAGAAGAGCUAUAUGUCGGUGUUCCUGCUGCUUGUUGCCCUGUCUUGUGCUCUGGCUAAGGAUGCACCCAAGAAGGAGACCAAGGAGACAAAGGAGGCAAAGGAAACUAAGGAGACUAAGCCAAAACUGCCUCAGACACUUUCUAGAGGCUGGGGAGACCAGCUUAUCUGGACACAAACCUAUGAGGAAGCCCUCUUCCGCUCCAAGACCAGCAAUAAACCCCUGAUGAUUAUCCACCACUUGGAUGACUGCCCACACAGUCAAGCACUGAAGAAGGUCUUUGCUGAAAAUAAAGAUAUACAGAAAUUGGCUGAUAAGUUUAUUCUCCUGAACCUUGUGGUUAAUCCUGUCCUCUACAACUUUUCUCAUCUUUUUCCAGAUCCUUCCCUGACUGUGAGAGCAGAUAUUACUGGAAGAUACUCAAACCGUCUCUACGCAUAUGAGCCCUCUGAUAUUUCUUUGUUGUACUCAAACAUGCAGAAAGCUCUGAAGCUCCUGAAGACUGAACUGUAAGGGGAAGGAGGAAGCCCCUGAAUACCAAGAAGUCUGAUCUUCCAUCUCUUCUCCACUCAUUGACGCUGGUGGAGAGACUACUCACGGUGGUUUUUAGUG